AUGUUAUCGAUUCUCAAACAACGCAUUCAAUCACUAAAAGAUUCGUCUAAACUAAGCAAAGACACGGUUAGAGCAGCGACUAAAUCGCCUCUGCGUCGCAAUCUAUGGCCAUUCAAGAAACAUAAGCUCGAAAGCGAUCCGACUGAGAGACUAGUGAAAGAAGCGAGCAGAGACUUUGAGACUGUUUACGUAGGCCAAGUUUGUCUCUCAUGGGAGAUGCUUCGAUGGCAAUACACCAAAGUCUUGGAGUUUGUUGAUUCUCAGGUUGCUUCUAUAUAUCAAUACAAUUUAGUAGCUGGAGAGUUUCAACUAUUCCAAGUUCUGCUUCAACGGUUUGUUGAGAAUGAACCAUUUCAAAACUUAUCUAGAGUUGAGACUUACUUAAAGAACCGUCGCCAUUUCCAUAAUUUCCUUCAGAUUCCACUUGUUAGAGACGAUCGUUCUUCGAAGAGUAAUAAGAAAGUUAGAAACGAAGGGGCAUUCGCGGUGAAGAUUGAAACGUUAAGAGAGAUUAUCCGAGAAUCGAUGCGUGUUUUCUGGGAGUUUCUUUGCGCGGAGAAAGAAGAGUUUAGUUCAGUGAUGAAAAUUUCUCACCAAACACAAGUUUCUCCACAAGAUCCUCUUGACCUUGAGCUCUUGACAGAUAUCAGAACACAUCUCCAAAAGAAGGAGAAGAAUCUAAAAGAAAUACUGAGAAGCCAAUGCUGUAUAGUGAAGAAGUUAAAGAAGAAUGAGUCAAAGAGUAGUGUUGGUUUAGUAAAAGAUGAGUUAUUAAUAGCUCAAAUCGAACUGAGAUUGGUUUCAAGAGUGAUGAAUAUGUCGAAACUUACGACUGAGAAGUUGAUUUGGUGUCAGGAGAAACUCGACCGGGUUAGCUUCAACGGUCGAAGGAUUCACAUGGAACCAUCUUUCUCGUUGUUACCUUGUUAG